AAUGUUAUAAAGAAUAGUGAGAUAUUGUUUCGCUCAUGGAUCACACAAACCAUCAGGUCCAAUCUUUGCCCCAUCAGUGUAGGAUAAGAUGUAAUCUCAAAGCCUUAAUUUAGGAUCUAUAUCAAUGUUUAUAAUGAUGGUGAGUUUGAAAGAAUACCUGCUUAUAUUGGUGAAAGUCUUUUGUCUGCACUUAGAAGAUUUAAAGUAACAAAUAUUCCAGGUAAAUUUGGAUAUUCAUAAAACAGGUGAUUGUGAAGGAGGAGAAUAAUUAGAUAGCAUACUUGAGAAUCCAGUUUAGACAAAUACUUUUGGUCCAUCAUGUGGAUCAUGUCACAUUUUGAUUUCAUCACCUUGGAUUGAUAAGAUCAGAGACCCAUUUUAUUUAGAAGAAUUAGUGAUCAAUAGAUAAGAUUAUGCUGUUGCAAAGCAGUAAAGAAUGUUAUAGAUUUUGUAGUUCAAGAUUAGCAUGUGCUAUUAAAUUAGAGAAAUGGAUGGAUGAGAUGGAAGUAUCUAUUCCAAUAAAUGAAAAUUCAGAAAAUAUGUGAUUUC